AUGUCUGUGGCAGAAAGUUGUGCAUCGUCGCCGUCGAUGUAUGCCAGCGAUUCACCAUCUCCGGCUCCAUCUGCAUCUCAGACUCCGCAUCAUUACAGCAAUGGACCUCGUGGAGACCUAGCCUUAAUUCUUGUUGUGGAAGUUAAGGAUGGGUUUGUAGCACAGAAGCAGCUUCAUAUUACUUUCCAAUAUAGAAAUUUCAGGUAUCACCACAAUGGAAGCAUUGAGUUUGCAAAUUUUGGAAAUCUAGGAUCGCAGCAAGGAGGUGAUCAGCCCUGA